CUGAGAACUUGAAAACACGGCAGACUGGACUUGCCGAACUCAAGCCCCCAUCAAUAAUCCACUGGGUUGUGUGUCACUGUCAGGGAUGUCUGGUCCACCAUCAAGCACGCCAGGCACCACCAAAUGCGACAGCUUGCACGCAGCAACGUGGGUGUACUACGGUCAUCACCAUUUCACAACUUAGCAAUUGGCACUCAUUCCUCCCUCCCAUCUUGGUCGCACACAGGUCGUCUGCUGUUGCCCAGGCGCGGGGUGGCGGCAAUUGGGCAUUCGACGUAUGUGUCAUCUCAAAAAUUGGUUGAGGACACCGACAUCGGCGUACUUAUUUCUGAGCUUGGCAUACCCCCCCCCCCGCCUGGUCAAUGUGCGUGCCUUGCGUACCUGUGCAGGGGCCGGGUUCUGUGGCGCCUAUACUGCUUAAGCCGAUGGCCCACUUUUCAGGUGUGCGGGGAAGCAAGUACCUCGACGAGGGCCCAGGCUCUUGUGUACCUCCAGCCGGCGGGGCUGGAGCAUUUGACUCCGAGGACAAGCAUGGUGCGUGGACGAGACAUAGCACAGGCAUUAUCGCAUCUUAGCCCCGUCUCCCAAUCCGCUCGAGCGUUGAAAGCAGGUGUGAUGGACAUGCCACAUCUAGCCAGUAUUGUUUUCUCAGCGGGGCUGGCCGAGGUUGCGUUUGGCGCUCUUUCCAUGGGCAGCGAGAAGGGCCCAGCUGCGAAGCUCUGCACAGUCGCGUAUUUCCCCCCUCCUUGUCUAUCUUUUAGAGGAAAGGUAUUGGUGAUUGAUACGGGCACGUUCUACCAGGAGUCUCGGUAGAGCGUGGGAAUGCAGCCUGCCCAUUUGGGAUCACGCAAUCAUAGGAUGAAUCUGUAGGGUGGACAGGUGCUGCCGAGCAUAGGGGGGCCAAUAUAAGUAAUUCUCGCCAGGUGGCCGGCUUGCAGCAGACGCCUACUUCUACAUCACUAUUCUCAUCAGUACAACCGCUAUUCGCUGUACACUCUUUCAAGUCGUUAUGCUGUAAGCUUGACUUGAGGCGGUGGGGUU